AUGAAUAGAAGAUUACAAAUAGAGCAUGGGAAUCUCAAAGUUAAGAGAGCUCUUAUGAGAUAAUAGAUCAAUUAAUCCCAUAGAAUCGAUAGGGAUUUUGACAUCGAUGAAAGAUUUCGUUCAAAUUCAAUGUGUAUGAAAAAUGAUGAAUUUGAGAUUGAAGACCCUGAAUAUUAUGAUCAAUAAUAAACUUGGGAAAGACUGGAUAGAUUGGUACAAAGUUUACCAAACUAAAGAAACAGUUGUUCAUGGGUGAUAUUCGAAGAUUGUAUGUAUAUUUUUGGUGGGUUUACCUUUAAUGGAAGAUUGGAUGAUGUCCACAGAUAUUCAUUUCAAUCGAACCAAUGGUAAAGGUUGAACACUACUGGAACCAAACCCACUGCAAGAGAGAAUAAUGGCGCAAUUGAAUAUAAAGGGUAAAUGUACAUAUUUGGGGGAUGUGAUGGAUUAUUAUGGUUAAAUGACUUUUAUUCAUUGAAUCUAAAAACUUUGAUUUGGGAAAAGAUAGAACCUACUGGUCAAUGUCCAUCUGAAAGAUUUGGAAUAGCCUGUGGAGCAUACUAGACGAAAAUGUUAAUUUUUGGUGGAUGUGAUGGCAAUCAUUAUCUCAAUGAUGCUUAUGUAUGGGAUUUUGAAGAGCAAGUUUGGAAUAAAUUAUAAUUAAUUGGAGACAUACCCUCUGCUAGAUCUUGUCCUUCAUUCAGUGUAUUAAAUAAUUAAAUCUAUAUUUUUGGUGGUUUUGAUGGUGUUAAUAGAUUGAAUGAUUUCUACAAAAUUAACAUAUUCACUGGAAAAGUAAAAAGAAUUAGUCAACAUGGCACAAUACCAUGUCCAAGAUAUUUUCAUGCAUCUGAAAUUUAUUAAAAUAAGUUAUUAUUAUUUGGUGGAUUCAAUGGUCAAGCAAGACUAAAUGAUUUGUACGAGUUUGAUUUUGGAAUUAAAACUUGGAAAAAACUGGAAGUGCAUGAAUCACCUAAAGGGAGAUCUAGUAUGGUUUUUUAAAUAUACAACGAUUCCCUUUAUAUUUUUGGAGGAUAUGAUGGUGAUGAGUUACUCAAUGACAUCUAUAAACUAGAAUUUAAGAAUGCUCAUAUGCCUAGAUCUAGCUUUCUAUCAGAUUUGCAUACUUUGAUUAACAAUCCUUUGAUGAGUGAUGUAGUGUUCCUUGUGGAGGAUCAUUAAAUUUAUGCUAAUAAAUGUAUUCUAGGUGCGAGAAGUGAACACUUUCAGACUUUGUUUUUUGAGGAAUUCAGAGAUAAAGAAUAAAUAUUCAUAGAAAUCACUGAUUGUGCUUAUUAAACAUUCAUGGAUAUGUUACUGUAUAUCUAUACAGAUCAACUAGAUUACUCUUUCAAUACAAAUAGGCUAUUAAAUCUCAUCAUUCUAUCUGAUUAAUAUUUGCUAUAAAGAUUGAAAUAUUUAUGCGAAGAGUAGUUAAUUAGGAAAAUUAAUUGCAAUAAUGUUAUUGAUAUAAUCUUAUUUUCAAAAAAAUAUAAUUGUAAAUUAUUGUUAGUAUAAACAAUGAAAUAACUGAUUGACAAUAUUUCAACUAUUAAAAAAAGGAAAGAUUUUAUUAAAUUGGCUUAAGAACCUGAAAUACUUUUGGAGAUUAUACAAAAGAAAUGUUGA